GGACAGCCAGACUCUUGGUCCCUGGUGGGGCUUUCAGGACGAUUGGAGGACAUUUGCCGGGACAUUCGCCGCAGUGUAGAGCACGAGUUCAUGCUGUCAGAGCGACAGCUGCAGGCCCAGUUCCGGGCAGACCUCGAAGCUCAUCGGCUCCGAGCCGAGGCUCUGGCCUGCCAGCAGCAGGCCAAGAUCGAGGCAUUGGAGUUGGAUUUGAAAUCAACGACCAGGAAGCUGGAGAUGAAGCAGAAGCAGGUCAAAGAGUCAUUCGCGCUGUCGACGCGAGUCCGGCAAAACUUCUUGGCACGGCUGGCCUUCGAACGUGCCUUCCGCUCUUGGCAGGCACACGCCGUACAGAUGAAGGAGGAGCAACUGCAGAACAAGCUUGCUAGCUAUCAGCAGGGCCAGCGCUUGGUCGCAGCCCUUUUCACCUCCUGGCGUCAAGAUGUGCAGAGUGGCAGUCGCGAGAGACUCAUUGCCCAUGAGCGCGCUGCGGCGGGCGCCGUCCGUGCCAAGCUUUUCGAGCAGAUGGAAAAUGAGCGCGCGCAGCUCCUGUCACAGGUGGAGGAGUUGAAGCGGCAGCUCUCUGAGGAAGGAAAGCAGAGAGCGCUCCUCCAGGACAACUUGAAGCGUGUCUUCAUGCGAGGCGUCUGCGCUUUGAACUUCGAGGCCAUGUCCCUACUCUCGGAUCCUGGUGCGGGUGGUAGUGUCCUUUCUGGCGCACCAGGAACGACCACCAUGGAAGGCCUCCUUGCCUCCGAGCCGGCCAGCGCUGAGCCGGCGGCACUUCCUUGUGGCACGAGCGCCAGCUGUCACGGUGCGCCCGCAGCGCCACAAGCCUUGCCUGCGCAG